AAUGGAGUCGAUUGCAAAUCCAUUGUAUUUCUUCUCCAACUUGUCAUUAAACCCGCCAUCCUGCUCUAAUGUGGUCAGAUUCAUUGAUGUCCUUGAAUUCUUUUUCGUGGCGCAUCCAUUAUCAGGACGAAAAGAAGGCGAAGAACAUAAUCGUGUGAUGUAUUUUCAUCCGAAAGGCGAGCAAUUAGAGAGACAGACCGAAAUAACAGGAUUCGCAGAAGCCGUUGUUAACUUUACAGAAAAUUUCUUGAGCACCUCCCGUCGGGAAAUCAGUGAAAGAAUUAGUGAAAAUGAAGAUGGUUUCGAUUUCCGAACUGUGACGACGCAGAGAACAGAGCACGUUUAUAUUCGUACAGAAGACGAUCAAUUUAUUCUUGGAGUAUCAAUUUCUAAACAAUUAUCAUUGGUUUCUGAUUAUCCUCUAUUUCAACCAGCGAUUAGGAGUAUACUUUCCGAUGCCUACAAAAUGUUUCGAAUGUUUUUUGGAACUUUUUCUUCUUUUAUCAAAAAUGUUCCCGACGACAUUCCAAAAUUCAAAGAACGCCUUGAUUUUUUCUUCUCCAAGUACAUCCCACUACUGAAAGUUCACAAAAUGCCACUACUUGAUCAUCUUGGAGGCGUCGAAUUUCUACGAAUGUCUGGUCCUCUCUACUUGAACGUUGUUUCUUUACUUUCCGAACUUCGUGAAGAAUUCCAAGUUAUCGAGAAAAUAAUGUUCUUGUAUCAAGAUAAACUUCUCUACUAUCAACUUUCGAAACGCGAUCUUCCAUCACUAUUUCAUUAUUUGACACAUAAUUUGCUUCCAACAACAUUGGCUCCAGAACUUGAACAUUCUGGAAGAAAUGCUUCAAAAGGAAGAUAUCUACGAGGACCAACAGAUUUAACAACAGAUGCUCCGUUGCUCGGUGAUGAGUCACUUUCUGUAGUUCAUUUGCAUUCCGAUCAAGGAACUGAAUUUCAAGAAGAACUCAUCGGAUACCAGAUGAUCGUUUAUCGAUGUCUAAAUGCAACAGUUUGCAUGUUUGUCAGAAAUUGUCCAGCAAAUGGUGGAUUAGAAAUCAGAAGGGAUUCUGAAUCAUCUCAAUCAUCUCGCGCCACUCCUUCACAGAAUGGUGUUGUCAGUCGUCGACUUCUUCGAAAUAUUGAUCAGUUUUUGGAAACCGAACUUUCACAAGUAGCGAGUAAAAUUGGUGACGAAAUCGGCGACGAAAAGUUCCCGGAAGCUCCAGAUUUCCAUUACAUUUACUUCAAUCCAUCAUCGUUAUCCAUGACCUCAAGCCUUUCAACAUCUCCGAAGCUUCCCGUUGCCGCUUCUGGAUCUAAUUCAACAUUAAAAGUACCACUGCCACCAGUUGAUGUUAAUCGUUUAGUAUGUGAUACAAUGAGCAAUUUUGUGUCGGAAACUGAAGAAUUUGGUGAAUGUUUCGUCAAAUCUUCAAGUGAUUGGUGGAUUGUUAUCAAAAAGGUUAAUUCUCGCCUCCUUGUCUUAAUCAUUCCUCCAUCCAACUACACAUCAUCCCUUGCCGAUGUCCAAUCAAAAACUGCAACAAUUGUUCGAUCCCAUUUCGAAGCCAUAUUUUUUAGUUGAUAAUAUUCAUAUUUUCCCAUGCAUGUGUGCCAAAAUUUUGUGAUAUUUGCCUAUAAUUCAAUUCCGUUGCCUUGUACUUUUAUAUCUUAUUCAAUUUUUUCUACAGAUCUAUAUUUAUAUAAAGCUUUUCAAUUUU